UGAUUAAUUAUAACCAGAACGGCAGAAAUCAGUACAGGACUACAGGAGUUAGGUGUAGCGACGGUAGCGGUCCGGCAGUCCAGUGUAGCAGUCAGCCGAGAGGAGACUCGCUGGAGUGGAGAGCAGGCGGGCAGCAGUAGCACAGAGCAGUCGCGGUCUCGGUUCUCACAGAGCAGGGCUGCAGUGGAGACUCGCUGGUCGAGGACUGGAGGUCGCGAUUCUUGCCGUCGCUCGUCGGUGGUCGCAGCCGCCAGCCGGGCAGUCGCAGGAGUGAAACGCGAAGGAGAUGCGGAAUUAGGGAUUUCAAAUUAAAGGUCGCAAGUUACAACCCCACCCUAAUUGCAAGUAACUUUCUCAGAGUGAUACUGGCACUAGUGAUACAAGCCUGCAACCUCAUAAUCUUUAUCUGACGGAAAGCCUUCUCCCUCACAACUGCAAAGCUUAGUUGAAAGCAAAGAGAAUCACAACCAUGGGAACCUCAGUGCAGGUGAAGCCAUUGUGUGGAGUGUAUAACGAAAACCCUCUCUCCUACCUUGUCUCCGUUGAUGGCUUUAACUUCCUUAUUGACUGUGGUUGGAAUGACCACUUUGAUACCUCUCUUCUCCAACCCCUGUCCAGGGUAGCGUCAACAGUGGAUGCCGUGCUGCUCUCGUAUCCAGACACCCUUCACCUUGGUGCCCUGCCCUAUGCCAUGAAACACUUUGGAUUAGCUGCUCCUGUUUACGCCACUGAACCUGUUUAUAGAUUAGGAUUAUUAACUAUGUAUGAUCAAUAUCUCUCGCGUAAGCAAGUGUCCGAUUUUGAUUUGUUUACUCUGGAUGACAUUGAUUUUGCAUUCCAAAGUGUCACCAGAUUAACCUACUCUCAGAACUAUCAUAUGUCCGGGAAAGGUGAAGGAGUUGUCAUUGCUCCACAUGUAUCUGGUCAUCUACUAGGUGGUACAGUCUGGAAGAUAACAAAAGAUGGGGAAGAUGUUAUAUAUGCUGUUGACUUUAAUCAUCGCAAAGAAAGGCUUUUAAAUGGAACCAUUUUAGAGUCUUUUGUUCGCCCUGCUGUCCUAAUUACUGAUGCCUAUAAUGCUUUGAGCAACCAGCCUUCAAGACGUCAGAGGGAUCAAGAAUUUCUAGAUAGCAUUGAGAAGACUCUAAAUGCUGGUGGAAAAGUAUUACUACCUGUAGAUACUACUGGUCGUGUAUUGGAACUCAUUUUGUUGCUAGAGCAGCACUGGCAUCAAAAGGGUUUGAGCUAUUCCAUCUUUUUUCUCACAUAUGUUGCAUCAAGUACAAUUGACUAUGUCAAGAGCUUCCUUGAGUGGAUGAGUGAUUCAAUAGCCAAGUCUUUUGAGGACAGACGAGAUAAUGCUUUUGUUUUGAAGCAUAUCACACUUUUGGUAAACAAGAGUGAGCUUGAAAAGUUGCCAGAAGGUCCCAAGGUGGUUCUGGCAUCCAUGGCAAGUCUAGAGGCUGGAUUUUCACAUGAUAUAUUUGUUGAAUGGGCUACUGAUACAAGGAAUCUUGUUUUAUUCACCGAAAGAGGGCAGUUUGGCACACUAGCACGUAUGCUUCAGUCUGAUCCACCUCCUAAAGUAGUUAAAGUUACCAUGUCAAAGAGGAUACCUUUGGUUGGAGAAGAGCUAGCUGCUUAUGAGGAGGAGCAAAAUAGGGUAAAGGAGGAAGCUCUCAAAGCUAGUAUGGUUAAAGAUGAAGAAUCAAAAGCAUCUCUUGGAGUUGACACUCUUACGAGUGACCCAAUGGUCAUUGAUUCAUCUAAUGUCAAACAUACUUCAUUAAAUGCUAUCAGUCUACAAGUUGGUCCUUACAAGGAUGUAUUGAUUGAUGGAUUUGUUCUACCUUCUUCUAGUGUCGCACCAAUGUUUCCCUGCUAUGUUAAGUCCUCUGAUUGGGAUGAUUUUGGUGAAGUCAUCAAUCCUGAUGAUUAUGUCAUCCAGGAAGAACAUACGGAGCUAUCAUUGAUACCUGUUGAUGGAGAUCUUCAUGGAAAACUUGAUGAGGGAUCUGCUAGCCUGAUAUUUGAUACUACACCAUCAAAAGUUGUAUCUUCUGAGUUAACUGUCCAAGUCAAGUGUUCCUUGGUUUACAUGGAUUUUGAAGGGCGCUCUGAUGGUCGUUCAAUUAAAUCUAUUCUUGCCCAUGUUGCUCCCUUAAAGCUUGUUUUGGUACAUGGCACAGCUGAAGCAACAGAGCAUUUGAAACAACAUUGUCUGAAGCAUGUAUGCCCACAUGUUUAUGCUCCCCAAAUUGAAGAAACGAUUGAUGUUACUUCAGAUUUGUGUGCUUAUAAGGUGCAACUAUCCGAGAAAUUAAUGAGCAAUGUGCUGUUUAAGAAACUUGGAGACUAUGAAGUAGCAUGGGUUGAUGCUGAAGUGGGGAAAACAGACACUGGCAUGUUGUCUUUACUUCCUCUUUCAGAUCCCGCUCCACCACAUAAGACGGUACUUGUUGGAGACCUAAAACUCUCAGAUUUCAAGCAGUUUCUUGCAAGCAAGGGUGUGCAGGUAGAAUUUGCAGGUGGAGCCUUACGGUGUGGGGAGUAUGUGACUUUGCGAAAAGUAGGAGAUGCAAGCCAAAGGGGGGGUGGUGCUGCUGCUAUACAACAUAUCAUUCUUGAGGGGCCACUUUCUGAAGAAUAUUACACAAUUCGGGAGUAUUUAUAUUCACAAUUUUAUUCCCUCUAAAUCUGAGUGAGAAGAGAACUUCAUUCUCAGGGGAAUUUGAUAUGUUCAAGUUUGACUUAUAUAUAUUUCGCUCUAGGCUGGCCGGAAUGUAUCACAUCACACUAUCACAGUCACAGGUAUGCAUUUGCCUAUUAAGAAGAAUUGUAUACAUUCAAUCACCUCAACUCCCUGAGAAGGUGUGUAUUGUAAUGUUACACUCAAUUGAUUUCAAUUGUAUACGUGCACACCUUUUUUU